AUGGCGCUCUCCACCGUAGAACAACUACACACAUUCUAUGCCCGAGAAAGAAAGAUUUUCUCUAAAUUGGUCCUAAAUUUCUCAAAACCCGCAGCUGAAUCACUUCUUAUCGUGGCUACAUGGCUUUGGCUUGAAGACUUUGGCUACGAAAACAUCUUCUCAAUCAUCAUGGCAUUCACCGAUCCACUCAUUUUGGCUCUUGCCAACGAGGCUAUCUCGUGUUACCAGUGCCUUGAUUUCGACGAACUUCCAAAAAAAUUCGAAGAAAUCCCUCUCACCGCCGAAAUCAUGAGGAAAGACAUAUCACUUCUCAUAAUCUACAAAUAUCGAUAUACUGCCAUAACAGGAAUCAAAAACUUCUUAACCACUAUUUGUUCUAGAAUUUUUUCUGACAUUCUUCAACAAAUUCUUCCGUGUUCUUCGCCAUACACCUUUGUUACCAGAUUUCGUUGCCCUCUCAUCAUCCCUGGCUUCCCGCAUCCAACCUUUGGAAGUAUCAACGUGAUGCCUGAUGUUGUUGGUGGGGAUAAUCUCUCCAACAACAACUUAUUCCUCAUCCCUAGUGGGAUAUGGGGAUGGAACGCUAACUGCAUCGCUAGCGAAGAAGACAGGACCAUGUUUAUAACAUUUUCUCGUGGGUUUCCAGUGUCGAAAGAUGAGGUGAAUGAACUCUUCACUAGUAAGUUUGGAGAAAACUGUGUUGAAUGUGUUUACAUGUCGGAGGGCAAUGAAAACGUCUCCUACACAUACACAAAUAGCAAUGGCCAGCAAAAACUCUUCGCGAGAUUGGUUUUGGACUCGGUCACUACCGUGGAUCGCAUACUGGAAGGGACUAAUUUAUCAAAAUUUCAUAUCAACUUGAAGCAUAUUUGGGCUCGUAAGUUCUUGAAGAGGAACCCACCUACUUAA